AUGCGUUGCGGAACCUUGCUCAUCAUUCUGUUGGUUAACAUCCUGUUGGCAAACAUCACGGAGAUGACCCAACAGGAUCUCGUUGGAUUCUUCUUCAAAGGGAAACCGAAGUGCAUCCAGGUAGCUCCCAAGGAGAUCACAGGGGCGACCUCCCCGAAAGAAGUGGUAGGUUCGAAGGUCAAGUCAAUUCUAUCAAGCCAAGGUUACCUAGCCAGCAUGACAGCGGAUGCGAUUCUAGUUGGGAAGAAGCAGGUGCUUGACCAGCUUUUAGAGAACCUGGCCGAGACGAGGGGCGCCAUGGAGGAGGUGCAGCGGGCCAUUGUCACCAGCUCAACUUUUAUGAAGACAGUGGGUCGGGUUCGGAAUAAAACGCGAGAUAGGCUAACAAACCUUCAGGGCAUCUACAAGGAAGAGAUGGACACCAUGCGGGGGAUGGUAGCCAAUGCCCGGCAGUUGGUGAAAGAGAAGCUUAGCCUCGUGGAGGCUUCCAAGUUUCGGGUGGAGGAGUUGCACGCCCUUAUGAAGGAGGCCCGAGCGGCUCUCGACCGGAAUUGGGAUAUGUCUAAGAAAGCUAACUACUCCGCCGCAGAGGCAAGAAAGCACAUAGGAACCAUGCCUCCUAAAGCAGAUUGA